GAUUGUAGCCUUAAAAAUCGUCGCUAUUUAGAGUUUGACGUGGUGCUCCGUCUAGUCUGUUUGUCUUACUUUUAGGAUGGGACCACGAGGAAAGAACAACUCCUUCGUUCCAAGAGGCAUGAAUAUGCCUUACAUGCAGCAAUCACCUUUAGGAGUUCCGAAACCAGAAAACGCUUUGAAUAGAGCUGAACAGCUCCUCAAAGUUGGACAACACAUCGUUGCUCUUCAGACCCUUUACGAUGUAAUAACAGACUCGCAGAAUCGAAGGAGACAGUGGAACAAGUCUUUUGAAGGGGUCAUGUUGAAGUUUGUAGAAUUAGCGGUUGAACUGAAAAGAACGCUUAUGAUCAAAGAAGCUCUUCAUAAGUACCGAGCUAUGUGCUCUCACGUUUAUUCCCAGUCUUUAGAAACAGUCGUUCGGUAUUUGAUUCAAAUUUCCCUGGCCAAGUUGCAAGCUGCUCACUCUUCAACCACAGUUUCAAGCAGAGUUUCGGAAGAUUUGGACGACUCUAGUGAAACUCCAUUCGCUCUGUUACUGGAAGCCGCAGGAACAGAGCAAACAAAAGAAAGAGCAGAGAGGCAAAACAUUGUUCCUUGGAUGAGAUUCAUAUGGGAAAUAUAUCGGAUCGUAUUAGAUAUUCUGAAAGGAAAUUCUAAGUUGGAACUUUGUUAUCACGAAAUGGCAGAAAAGGCAUUUACUUUUUGUCAGAGCGGUAAGAGACUUGUGGAGUUUCGCCGUCUGUGUGAUAUCCUCCGCCAACACUUGAAUCAACUGAUAAAAUAUCCACGCAACGCUUCAAAUGAUGUUCAACUAUCAAAUCCUGAUACUGUUCAACGAUUCCUUGAAACGCGUUUUGCGCAGUUGAACACGGCUGUGGAGUUGGAGUUGUGGCAAGAAGCUUAUCGUACUUGUGAAGAUAUUCAUACUUUAAUAGGCCUUUCAAAAAAGGCUCUUAAGGCACAAAUGAUGGUCAACUAUUACAAGCGUCUCGUUGAGAUUUUUCACGCCUCUGAGAAUACGCUAUAUCACGCAUGUAGUUUAUAUCGUUUAUAUGUAUUUCUGUUAAAACAUCACAAGGGAGUUUCUGCUGAUGAGUUGAAGACCAUGGCAUCGAAGUUGCUUUUGGCAGUAUUUUGUAUACCAGUCUACGACCAACAUCGAGCACUCGUUGCUGAUUAUUUUUCGCAGUUGGACGCUGCAGGUUGGACCAAUGAUGGAAGUCGUCAAGCAAGGAUGGCUGCAUUACUGGGAUACGCAUCGUCUCCACUAAGAGAGACAUUAGUAGCCGAAGUGCAGUCGAGGAGCGUAUUGGAUAAUUGUGCUGAGGAACUUCGCAAUUUACAUGCCAUAUUGGAAACAGAUGUAAAUGCUUUACGCCUUGCAGACCGUUUAGAGCCAAUCCUAUCAUUUAUGGAGAAGGAGCCAGCUUAUCAAGAGUAUAUAAAGCCACUUAAGAAAGUUGCAGCUUUUCGGUUAUUACAACAGUUGUGUCUUUUAUAUGAUUCAAUGGAUCUAGAGCGUCUGAAGAAGUUGGGAAAGUUCUGCAGUUAUGAUGAAAUAGAAACUAUAGCUUUAGAGGCAUUGAAAGCAAGGGUUUUGCAAGUCCGAAUCGAUCAUCGUCGUCAUUGUAUUUUGUUCGAGUCUAACUUGUUCGACACGGAGGAAAUGCGUUCACACUUGAAGCUUCUUUCUUCGAGAUUCCUUCGUUGUUUAGAGAUGAUUUCUCGAAAGGAAGGCAAACUACAAUCCGAGUACGAGCAGAAGAAUGAACUAAUGAAGAAAGCUUUACAACAAUAUCAGCAGAAUUCAGAAAUAGAGCAUUUACAAAUUCUUUCAAGAAAAGGUAUUAUUGAACGAAGAAAGGAAGAGCAAGAGAAGAGAAUUGCUCAGGCGGAACAUGAGGCAAGAACGCAAGCUUCUCUUGAACAACAAAGGAAAGAAGAAGAAGAGCGAAGGAAAGUUCAAGAAGAUGCGAAACGCAGGACUGUAGAAAGGCUUGAAAGGGAAAUGAAAGAACGUGACAAGGCUGAAAUCAGUAAGCUGAAAAAGGAGUUGACGGAACAAGGUGCAGUUGAUAUUGAAGAGGAAGAAUUGAACAAUGCAGAAUACCUUAUGAUCAAGAAGAAAGAAGCAGAACUUAAGCAAAGAAGAGAAAUAGAACGACGAUUGCAGAGUUAUGCAAAGAAGUUGGAUUACACCGAUCGAGCUUUAAGAGAAGAGCAAUGGAGCUUACUGAAGGAGAAGCACCGAAAAGACUCGGAACAGUUUGUGAAAACUGCGCAAGAAACAGCACAGAAAAUAGUAGAAAAUGCUAGAAAGCGUCACGAAGAAGAUCUAAAAGACAAAGCUUUGUAUUUAUCCAUCGAAGAUGAACGACAGCAAUUAACAGCACAACUGAGGAACCAUGCACGGCAAUUAUUUGAAGAAUGGAGAAGAACAGAAGAAGAACGACAAAGGAAAGAAAAGGAUGAAGAGGAAGCAGCCAAAGCGACAGAAAGUCUGGAGAACAAUGUCAAUGGAACCAAAGAAAUAUCACAGAAGAAUACUUCUGAUAACAUUUCCACAUCAAAGGAACUUUCUGGUAGAGAUGGAAGAGAAGUCCCGGAAGUUGUAGGCCCGGAGAAAGCAGAAGAAACCAAAUCUUCGACGGAAGCACCGACUAGUCGACCUAUGACUUGGUCAGAGAAGAUAAAAGCCAAGCGUAUGCAACAAGAAAAGCAAAAACUUGGAGGUCAACAAUAAAACUGUCGUGGAUUAGACUUGGCUUUAUACAUUUCAACGAGUUCAUAGUUGGAAAGGUUUCUGCAUUUCUUAUUUAUGUUUUUUUUCAGUUCUCUUGUUGCGGUGAAGAACAAUCACUUAGUUGUACUGUGCAAAUAGAUAUUUUCCAACUUCAGUUUCACACCUAAAGUUACGAUACAUUGUCUGCAAUUUUUAUUCUCAAUAGGUUUUAAGUGAGAAGUAUUUGGAGCAUAGUCUUUGUCAAAAGAUUUCAAGAUAAAUAUGCUCAGUUGUGCAAUUUGUCAAACGACAAGUGUUAUUGCAUCU